GCACUCAGCGAAAAUGGGCGAAAUGUGGAACAAACCGUAUAUGGGAAUAAUCAUUUUUUGUAUAAUGGUUAGCAGUGGAGUGGCUAUACCCACAGAAUUGGCCAGAUACACUCAGUUGGGGCAAGGACCUCAGCUGGAGGUUAACAACAACAGCUACGUGAGCACUACAAAUCAACUGGGAUUGCAAACGGAAACAUCAUCGGCAGCUCCGGACUUUGAAUAUGCUCUACUGGGAGAAGAUCCACAAGAUCAGCAGUGGUUUCGUGUUAGUCUUACACCGAAAACCAACAAAACGGGCUACCGGGCACAGUUUGCCACUCGAAAGCAUCCGCCAUUCGAUGCGCAAGUGGCCCAUCGCCAUGACAAGACCAUUCAGGAUCUGCUCAACUGGUUGGACCGUUCCGAGGACCAGAGUCUCUGGAAAGUCUAUCGUGACCUUCUGGAAUACUCGCCGCAGGCACAGGCAUCCCAAGAGAUUCCUAAUGGUAACGCAAUCGAAAAAGAGGAAAAGGUGCCGAGGAAGAAGGAAUGCCAAAGGCACCACCACCCGCUGAUCCUUAUAGGAGAAGAGGGAACCAGCACCACUCCAUCUCCAUCACCUCAUAAAAAUCAACCGCAGACGGUAAACAACUUGGUUUAUUUUAUAAAGGGGCGUAAGUAGCCACACUAAGUAAUUAAAGUAAACAUUUCUGGUAUUGACUUAUGGUAUACAAGUCAUAUAAAAAAAAAGUGUUAUUU